CGCUGCUUUUGCGCACGCCGCGUACGACGGUCAAUUGAUACACCAGUAGCGUCGGCACUGCGCUUAUCAGCCGCUUACUGCAGCCAGCCGAAAAAACUGCGCGCUCAGCGCCCUACGAGCGGUAACCGCAGAGACUGUUAGGCGUCGAGAACCGGCUGCGUUUGCGGGCGCACGCCGCCGGCAACACAGAAACGAACCACAGAAGGAAACGAUGGCCGCCCACGUGCAAUUCGACCUCGACGACGCCUACGACGACGCCAACGCGCACAAGGAUGGCGCGCGCCCGCUCGCGAGAUUAGGCAGCGGCUGUGGGGAGCCGCUCUGCGGUGUGAUACGACGCGGCGGCGAGGUGCACACGAUCGGCGAGGCCCACGGCGCCGCAGCGGAGUUGUGUAGCAAACUGGCCCAGCGAAGCGCGCAAGGCUGGGCCGCGUCGUCAAAAGGCGAUCUGGUCGGCGUCGUCAAGGUCACGGCGGACACGGCCGCGGCCGUCGUCGUCGACGCCGCCGGCCGCCGCGCGUCGCUCACCACAAAGGCGGUCGCGACGACGGCCCGCGCGCAGCGCGCGUGUGAAAAUCUGUUAGACGACCCCAAAAAACUCGACGCGAGCGGCGACGGCGCCUGGUGCGUCGCCUGCGGCGAUUCUACAAAGAAACUGGAGCCCUGCGCCGGCCGCGGCUGCGCCGCGAUCCUUUGUGGCAGGUGCCAGACCGCGCAAAAGCGCUGCCCGGGCUGUAAGUCCAAGGCCGACGCUAGAAGAAAGGUUCUGCAGCGGUGGGCCAAGGAAGCGACAAAAAGACCGGCCCUCGACGCGUUGGCUCGGGCCUUCGGCCAUUUUAGUGUGGAUGGUUCUGUGACAAGGGACGCCUUUCCCUCAUUAGUCAUAGCUUCGCUAGGUACGGAAGCGGUUUACGAGGACGACGACCCCGUACUAAGGGACGCCUUCGACGCGUGUGAUGCCGACGGCGACGGCCUCGUGGACCUGCACGACGUCGUGGACUGCGUGGAAAUCAAAAUUUACGGCGCGUUCGUACGCCAUCGACGCGGCGCUUGCUCGAGUGCACCCGACACACUGAUUGAAUUCCACGCAGGUCGUGGACUGGCUCACGAAAUCCGCGCAACGGAUGACGAGGGAUCGGGCGACGAUCGCGUUAGCUCGCUCGCCGCUGAAGGAUGAUCGGGCCGCCUUCGCGGCCUGGCCCGAAAGAAGAGGUUCAUUACUAUUGAACAACGAAGCGGUUGAUGCUGAUCUAGGCGCUGGGAGAUUGGCUUUGUCUCUACACAACGCGACGGCGCGCGUCCUGUCGCUCCACCCGGCGGUCUGUAGGGUCGAGCGCUCGUCGGAUCGGGCCUUCACACUUACCCUGAAUGUGGGAGAGGCCGAGGAGGUCCUCCACUUUUGUACUACGGAUUCAGCAGAGUGCAAAGCCUGGUGGACGGCGAUCGGCGAAACACUAGCAGUGCAUCGGCGCCUGAAGUCGCAACCACCGGCCUCGGCGGAUUCCUUCGACGACGACUCCUUGGAGCCGGCCGAGGACGAGGUCGACGCAAUUGAAGCUUCUGCCGGUACUACCUCUACAUUUAGAGCUAUUGCGUCGGCGUUCGGCGCGUUGUCCGCGGUGAAGAAGGCGCCGCCACCACCAGCUACGCCUGCGAAGAGCAAGCGAGUCGAGCCCUCAACUCCAGGGACAGUUGGUGGUCGAAGCGCACUACGCAGAAAGUCCGUGCGUUUCUCGGACGCGGAUGAAGCGCACGUCUCGAAGGGCUUCGCCUUUGAUCGUGUCGUGAGGAAGGACGGUACUGUUUCUUGGGAGGCGGCAACACCUAGAAGGGCCAAGGCGGCGUGGCGGGCCGUCGUGCGAUUAGUUAUAAGGCCGCCGCGCGCGUCCUACGCCGUGGAUGAACUCGGUCCGUUAUCGUUUGACGUGCCUUUACUAGAUAAGACUACAGUACAAUGCGUCCGGUCGGACUUUACCGUGCAGUCUGAUGAGAAGAAAGCGCUCAAGUGCUCUUUGUGGUCUCGGGCCUUUUCUACUGAAGCACCUUGCGUCUUGUAUUUGCACGGCAACGCGUCGUGCCGCAUGGAAGCGCUGCCGCACGUAGCUCCUUUACUCAUGCUUGGUAUAAAAGUGUGCGCCGUGGACACGACGGGUUCUGGUUCAUCGGAGGGCGAGUUUGUCACGUUGGGUCUGCGCGAAGCGUCGGAUGCAUCUUCCGUGGCGUCUCAUUUACUAGCGAACAAGCGCUGUAGUCAGGUGGCGCUGUACGGAAGAAGCAUGGGCGCCGUCGCUGCUAUUUUGGCAGGAGCCAAGAAAACCGGAUUCUCUCCGAACGGUGUCGCUCCGUGCGUCGUCGCCGACUCGCCGUUUGCUUCCCUAUCACAACUUGUUGAUAGACUCGCGCGGAACGCGGCGCAUGAAGCCUUAGGUUGUGACGGUCCCUCCGACAUUAAGAAAGGUGAGCGACCGAUUGACGACGCCUUCAUCCGUGACGUCCAGGAGGGUCGAACGGAGAAGUGUGAACGGUCUUCCUCAAGCUACUUCCCGUCGCGCGCGGGAUUAGCGGAAAGUGCAGCCAAGGCGGCCAUCGACGCGGUGCGGGCCGAGGUCCUGAAGCGGGCUCAGCUAGAUGUGGACGACGUCGACGCCUUGGAAGCCGUCGAAGUGUUGGAGGCUCCAUUAUUACUGGUGGCCGCAACAGACGACAGUUUGAUGCCCCCCAGGGCGAACGCCGGCGCUUUACUAAGACGGUACGCGUCGAAGGGCUGCCGGCGGCGCGACGCCGAAUUGCUGCUGGUGAAGGGCGGCCACAACUCCAAACGACCGCUGACGUGCGUCAAGAAGACGUAUUCUUUUUUAGCGCGCCAUUUACUGGGCGACGCGUUCGACCAGCGGAAGAUUGAUAGGUUGGACGCGGUGCGCGGGCGGCUAUCAGCGAACAGCCCGCCCUGGGCCUACGUCGCACGAAAUGCUACGACGGGCAAGGGCCGCGGCGCCGAAUUUAGGAGCGGCAUGACCGAUCAGCGGGCGAAGGCGAUGGGCCGGGACAUCAAGAAUUUGUUCAAGGGGGGUCUCUAAGCAUGCAUAUACACUCUUUACUUGUCAGGUGU